GACACUUCUUAUAUUGUUGGUUAGUUUCAAAUCAUAGUUUGUUUUGGAAGACUAAUCCUUCUACUGGUCUUAACUCCACUUAAGAGGACUUGCCAUUUGUAAGGUUGGAAUUGUAAAAAAGAAAUAAAUAAAUAGUAAUAACUAAGAGCAACUCCAAUGAUCAAGCAACUCCAACAUGAGUUUCUUACCAUUGGAGAGGUAUGAGGUGGCAGCAAGAGUUUCUUGCAAAGGAGAGAGGGUUUCUUAGUGAAGCAACGGUUGUUUAUUUUUGUGAACUGAAGGAAGCGCGGCGGAGGCGCGGGAUUGGACGGCGGUGGCGCACGGUUGAACGGCGGAGGCGCGCGGUUGGAUAGCAGAGGCGCGCCGGUGGACGUUCUGGCUGGACCUGCGCGCAGCGACGGUGACGCCAACGGUAGACGGAGUUGGAAGAAGAAAAGGUGAAGAAAAGGAAAGGUGAAGGUGGAGUUGGAAGGAAAGGAAAGGUGAUGAAAAAUGAGAAAACUCUCUCACGAAGAGAAAAAGAAGAAAAAGAGACGGUUUAAGAAAUAAAAAAUAAAAAAUAGAAAUUAAAAAAUUAAAAAAUUAAUAAAAAAUAACUUGAAAGAUCCGUUGAAGAGCCGUUGGCAUUUAAAAAAAAAUCAUUAUAAAUAUGUAUCAACUCAAUUAAAAAAUUUGGAUCUCUUUAACUCUCUUCUACUUCUUUUAUCUUGCUUGUUUUGCUCUCAAAAAUGGAUCCUAACCAAUACAAUCAUCAAAAAAAUUUAAAUUCUCUCCAAAACCACCCACCAUCGAUGAGUGCAAAUUCUCAAAUUUCUUCGCAAUAUGUUAUGAAUCCACCAUCUUAUUUUAGUGAAAAAUCUCAAAAUCCACCACCUUAUUGGUCAGCACCACAAUAUUAUAUGUUUCCAACACAUCCACCUAGUGGUGAUAAUUCUCAAGGACCACAAUUUUUUAGUCAACCACCACCUCUCACCAACCCAAAUGCAUGUUAUAGGCCUUCUCCUCUACAUAAUAUUGACGCUCCUAAUAGUGAACCUGAAUCGCCAAUUGGUCUCGAUGGAAUUCAACUAGAUGGAAGUGCAGAGAAUUCGUCAACAAAAAAAAUUCGUGUUCCAUUCACAGUUCAAGAAGAUAUUAUUCUCGUGAGGUCAUGGGUCAAUACAUCGAAGGAUCCAAUCAUAGGAGUUGAUCAAACAUUACGACAAUAUUGGUCGAGAAUCACAAAAGCAUACAACAACAAUGAAGACCGUGGCGAGUUCCUAGAGAGAGAAUCGACUCAACUAAAAGCACGUUAGAAUCGAAUUCAUCCUGCAGUUCAAAAAUUUAUUGGUUGCUACAAAUAAGCAAUUAGUCAAAAGAAAAGCGGGAGUUCGGAGAAAGAUGUCAUGGCAUUCGCACAUAAGAUUUACACUCAAGAUACAGGUAAAAAAUUUGAUAUGGAGCAUGCAUGGGUCAUUUUGAGAGAUGAACCUAAAUGGCAAUCUGAUUUCGUGCAACACAAUUCAAAAAGAGGGAAGGUAACGUUUGCAGGUGGUUACUUUUUGUCUUCCAACACAAAGACACCCAUUAAACUUGAUGAAUAUGAGAUACCAACGCCAACAUCCCGUCCGAUAGGACAAAAGGCAGCCAAAAGGAAGGCCAAAGGAAAAGAAACUUCCAAUACUAAUGUUGUUGAUUUUUCUAGCAUAAAAAAUGCAAUAAAGGAGAAAAAUGCCUAUGCAUCAAGACUAAUUGAGUUGAAUGAUUGUUCAAUGACUACUUCUCUGAAAAUCCAGUAUACACAAAAACUCAGUUUCGAAGACGGUUUCGCAUGCGACGACAUGUGUUUCUCCAAGUUGUAGAUGCCAUAAGCAAUCAUGAUGAGUACUUUCGAAUGAGGCUCGAUGCAACACGUAGAAGGGGCCUAUCACCGUUGCAAAAGUGCACAUCUGCUCUUUGUAUGCUGGCUUAUGGGACACUUGCUGACUUUGUGGACAAGUAUAUUAGAAUUGGUGAAACCACUGUAGUGGAAUGCUUACAAAGAUUCGUGAAAGGAAUUUGUGAAAUAUUUAGGGGUGAGUAUCUGAGACGCCCUAAUAACGAAGACAUUCAACGACUACUAUGGAUGGGAGAGGCACGUGGAUUUCCUGGAAUGCUAGGUUCAAUUGACUGUAUGCAUUGGGAAUGGAAGAAUUGUCCAGUUGCGUGGAAAGGUCAAUUUUGUCGAGGUGAUCAUGCCAACCCAACAAUCAUUCUUGAAGUUGUUGCAUCACAAGACUUGUGGAUUUGGCAUGCAUUUUUUGGAACUGCAGGUUCGAAUAAUGAUAUUACUAUGUUAAAUGCAUCUAAUGUAUUUAACGAAGUUCUUUUAGGAACUGCUCCGACAGUGCAAUACACCGUGAAUAGAACCCAAUAUAAUAUGGGUUACUAUCUAGCAGAUGACAAAUAUCCAGACUUUGCUAUAUUUGUCAAGACCAUCUCCAUGCCACAGGGGGAAAAAGGAAAUUAUUUGCCUGACGACAAGAAUCAACGAGAAAGGAUGUAGAACGAACGUGCAUUUGGAGUGCUUCAAUCUCGAUUCACAAUCAUACGAGGUCUGACACAUUUUUGGGAUGCCGCAAUAAUAAAAAAUAUAAUUUAUGCAUGUAUCAUAUUGCAUAACAUGAUUGUCGAGGACGAGUGAGACACCUAUCAAAAUUAUAUUGAUUAUGAUGUGUAAAUGAUGAAAUGUUAAGAUCUGAAAUAUCUAUAGGUGCUCAUCCCAAUUUUAGAACAACAUACCUUCAAAGGAGAGCAGACGUUCAUGACAAACGAAUACACCGCCAACUUCAGCAAAUCUUAUUGAAA